AUGGCACUGGCAACUGCAGCCAAGAAAUGGAUGGACGACAGAGCGGAACGCAAGAAGGCCGAGGACACAGACCGCCGGUCGCAACGUGAUAUCCAACACAAGCUACUCGCCACAGGGUGUAAUCUUCAUGAUAUCGACGCUAUCAGUGGCCACCACCUAGUCAAAACAUGCGCCCCAUUGAAAGAAUUAGAUUGGGCUUACCACGUUCUCCCACAGCUCAAAGUCGUAAUCGACGAAGACAGGCGCGCCCGCAUGUUUGAAGGUCAUUUAUUGGACCACGUUAUGACCUACCGUGCGGAUCUUCCUGACCCUCAAACCGUUUGCCUCCUACCCAUAUGCGCCGACCUUAUCAUCCUACCUGAUAACAUACCGGUAACUGAACAAACUUUGAUCAUCAAUCGGGCUGCCAUCGUUCGGGACCUCAGAGCUUGGGUACAGGAAGAGCGUCGACGACUCUUCGAGGCCUUCGUCGAAGGACGUCAUCGACUUGUCGUAGCCGCUGUUGGGCUCGGAUUGCUGAAGGAAUUCCUGCCCUUGGUUACGGGUGGUGCCUCAACAACGCAUGCCACGAAUUGGCCGUGGCCCAAUUCACCUGCCAACAGUGCGGGACACUCUGCCCCAGCGCCAGAGGAGCCAUCAGACAUCUCAACAACGCCUAUUUUUGUAAACCCAGUGCAGACCUAG